UGAUUGAUUCCCUCGGAUGACAGCUGUGUGACGCGCCAACAUAUCUGUCAUUUUCUUUUUUUAACAUUGUCACGCACCACCAGGAUUUCUUCAUUUUGUGUUAAUAAUAUAAUCCUCUUCCUUGCAAGAUUAUCACAAAAUGUGAAUUGGAUAAUAAAUUAAACAAAGAAGAAUAUUGUGUACAAAUAAACGACAUUAUUGAAAUAUAUAAAUAACUUAAAAUUGUGUGUGAAAACUUCGAUGAAAAAUUCAACGUAUUUUUGGCUUGGUGUUGGUGAAUGCAUGUAAAAGAUCGAACGUGUGUGUGUGAGUGUUUGCAUUAAAUAUUGUAAUAUUAUGAAACAAAGAUAAUUAGCUAUAUUUACCUGAACUCGUUGAUGAAAUAACAGUAUUUUGUUCCGGUAUAUUUUGUCUAAGAUUGCCUACGAGAUCGCACCGACGCACACGGCCGGUUUGUUAUUCCAAAGCCAAACAGCAUGGAAGCUCGCCAGAAUAAUGCUGCAACCGAGGCCCGAGAUGUUUUGACCAAAUACUUGGAACUAUUUCAGCAAAGCAGCAUUGACUUUAAAUACCAUUUGGCUCCAAACAGUGUAAUCGAUUGGUAUGGAAGAACUGUGCGUGGUGCCAAUAAAAUUCAUGAUUACUUAAGACAUGAAGUGAACAAUCAAUUUGAACAUACCGAAUUUCUGGACGCAGAGGUAUGCGGUCCCAUCGAAACAAAAACCAGUCACAUGCGCACGAAAGUAAUUUCGACCAAGCCGAUCGAUCAUGUACAUCCUAUCAAUCGAGUACCAGAUAUGGUACCAUUAAAAUCCUAUGCCGACAGUGAUGUUGAAGAUAAUGAACAACCUACGACGAUAUCAUCGUCGGCAAAUUUAUUUGGUGCAGGGGCCUACAUACACACACCGGAAAAAUGUAACACCAGUACAUUGGAAAUUGGUAACCUUACGCCUCCAUCAAGUGCUGUAAAGGAGCAUGAUAGGAAAUCCGAGGAUGAAGAAAUCGAUAACAACGAAACAAUGAUGCGAAGACAUCGCUUAAAACGCACACAUUCGGGUAAUUUUAGUUAUCUAAAACGUUUACCCACAGCACCGUCUACCAGUAAACGGAAUAAAAAUAUUGAAGGUGGCGUACGUACCCUCUUGGAUGAUUCGUCCAGUGAAGAAGAUGAAUUGGAAGUCAUGGAGGCAUUGUACACUCCUCUGCGUUAUUUAGAAGUGAAGGGUGUAAUGCGUUUGCGUAACAAUAAUGUAAUGGCCAAACAACGUAGUGCUCUAUGGCGUGAUCGUUCAGAGUUAGAGACACGCGUACGCAUUUCAUAUCGUCGCAAAUUGGAAGAUAAUCAAUUGCAGUUUGCCUUGAUAAUAUAUGAAUCGCUAAAUGGUUCAAUUGUGGCAACUACUCCAACUCGUCGUAACUUGAUGUCACAAUUUGCUCUGACGGCCGAUGAGGCCCAGACAAAUGAGACACAAACGCAACACAUGGAGGAAGAGCAUAUUGAGGAAACUGUUAUAGAACCUAUUGCUGGUGGACAACUACCAUCGGACGCUACAACAACAUUGCUUAAUGAUGAAGAUCCAUUGCAGGGAGGGCAUACCUCAUUGGAGGAUUUGUCGGUUGCCAAUUUACGAACACCCACGAAAUUUACCCAUACUCCACCUGCUACGCCAAAACGUAAACCCCGUUCUUUGAUGGGUACUGCUUCGGGCAUGAAACGUUUAAAUAACUCACCUCAAGCUCCACCCGCACCCAAGCGUAGUGCCGCACGCAGUUUGAGGUUAUGAUUUCACUUUUUUUUUAAUUCUUUUAAUAUUUUAUGGUCUCGUUUAACUGCUCAAAUUCUCAAAGACUUUAGUUUUAGAGUUAGAUUUUCUUUGAAUAGGUUAAUCAAAUUAAUUUCCAGUGGUUGCAUGUUGUAGAUUAUGACAAGUUUUCGUUAGGGUCAUCCUGCACACAAAUAAAACUAUUUUUUUAAAGUUAUUAAAUAAUUAUUAGAAUUUAAUAUUAGUUCCAAUUAAAAUUCGAAAAAAACAUAUUUGUAAAUUUUGGGUUUUAAGGAGGAGAUAAAAUGAUACCCAAUGCAAAAUCCGGCAAUAUUCCUCUCUACAAAAAUAAUAAUUUAUAUAUGUUUACAUUCGAAAAAAAUGUGUAUUUUAAAAAGAGGGAAAUUAGAUUUUUCCCAAAAAAACUUAAUGCCAAUUGUUUUCGAAUUUUAGUUGUGGAUUUUUAUUCAUUUAUACAAAAUUUUAAGGUCGUGAAUUUAAAAAUAUAUUUCGAUUCGAAUGCAAUGAUUUAGCCCAGGCCAAAUACAUAGCACAUAGGUACAUAUAUGUAUCCUAAUUUUAAAUCCUUUCAUUCGAAUCGAAAUUUUAGUGGAAGCUGUUA